CCUCACAAUCCCAUUCCUAUAAACGCUUCCUCUUCUUCUUCACUCUUCGAGCUCCUUCUUCAAUAUUUCUGGAAUCCGCUCUCUGAAAUCCUCGAGCUUCUGGUGAAAAUGUCGAAUAUCGGAACUUCAAAGGGAGUACUGGAGAUUGCCAAAUUCGGGCUCUACGUCUCCAUCCCCAUUGUUCUUAUGUACACUUUUGCUAACAACAGUAAGAACAUCCAGAGAUUCAUGGGAAAUCGUUCUUAUGUAGUAUAUCCGCCAGAGGCGCCGAGGCCUCCGUCUCCAGAGGAAAUGAGGGAGAUGGCACGGGAACUAGCUAGGAAGAACAAUUCGCGUUGAUGAUCUGAUGAUUCGGUGGGUGUUGUAACUUGGUAAGGUUGAAACCCUCAGGAAACCAUCCUCUGACCUAUAAUUCGGGAAUGGGAAAUGGAGUACUCUUUCUAGCCUUUCAAAUUGGUUAAAAGAUAUCGCAGUCUGGAAGCUGAAAGAGGUGUCAAGUGACUAUUGUUACUAAUUGAAUUAAGUGUGGCUUGCAGUACCAAGUAUAGCGUUGAAACUCGAUCAUCAAUUGUUUUUCAACAGUUGCAGACUCGGCCCCAUCCGUGCCUGUUGGUUCCUAGUGUUUAUCCUGCAAGACAUCCCAGAUCAAUGCGGUCAAUUGUGAUUGCUUUUACAACGAUGUCUUUCUCGGAAACUAUCCCUUAGUAAAGUAAGUUUCUAUUCGAGCCAAAGUCAUUUACAUUGCCCAUGGCUGCUUGGCCAUAGCUCGGGUAACAGGAUUUACGGUGUAAAAAUGAGUGGCUUUGGAGAGAGACGUAAUGCAUGAUAUCAUAUCAGAAACAUGUACCUGCAAACCAUUUCAUGGGUAGACAUGUGGCACAAUUCCAACGUUGGAGGGAGUCAAAAUGUAUUCAAUAUCAAAUUCUAGACUAAAUUAUCUUUGCACUUUCUGUAAAUAACUGUAAAUUUCCCUGCUCUUUCCAGGAAAGAGUCAACCAUCAAAUGCUAAAGAAGUAGGUUUGGCUUGGGGGACA